CGACAGUAAAACCAUUGGUUUUUACACAUUUUAAACAAAUAAAUCAACAAAAUAUUGUAUUUUGUUAGCAAUUAGUGAAGUAUUAAAAAAUCCUGAAAUAAAAAGUGAUAUUUAAUAUAAUAAAGAAAUGACAGACAUUGAUGAUACACCCAAAUUGUGUGGUGUAUGCGGUGAUAAAGCCCUGGGCAAAAAUUUCUGCGCCCUUUCGUGCGAGUCGUGUAAAGCAUUCUUCCGGAGAAAUGCCUCCAAUUAUCAUAAAAUGAAGUGCUAUUACGGAGAGAAAUGCCGAAUAGACUUAGAGAUGAGAACCAUAUGUAGAAAAUGUAGACUCAAAAAGUGUUUCGCUAUCGGAAUGAGAAAA